GGGGUGUCGGCGGCGAGGGGCGCGUGCUCCGCUCCUGGUUCGCCUUGGUUCGGCCGCUGCCACCGCCGCCGCCACCCAGCAGGGAGGCUGGAGGAAAUGGGUAGCCGCAUCCCGCCCGCCCCCAGUGCCGAUGUGAAUCAUUGAAAAGAAAAUGGCACAACGAAGCACUGUACUUCCAUCCCUUGUUACUGAGGAAAGGCGAGUUAGAACCAUGCCACGACAUAGCCAGUCUUUGAGUGUUGCUCCAUAUUCAUCUGCAAGCUUAGUGGAACAGUUGGAAGAUAGAAUUUUGUGCCAUGAAAAAACAACUGCAGCACUUGUGGAACAUGCUUUUCGUAUAAAAGAUGACAUUGUAAACAGUUUGCAGAAAAUGCAAAAUAAAGGUGGAGGAGAUCGAUUGGCUAGAUUGUUCUUAGAAGAGCACAUCAGAAAUAUCACGGCAAUAGUGAAACAACUUAAUCGUGAUAUUGAGGUCCUACAAGAACAGAUACGUGCCAGGGAUAACAUUAGCUAUGGAACAAAUUCUGCCUUAAAGAGUCUGGAGAUGCGUCAACUCUCUGGCUUGGGAGAUCUUCGGGGAAGAGUAGCAAGAUGUGACGCUAGCAUAGCUAGAUUGUCUGCAGAGCAUAAAACAACAUAUGAAGGCCUUCAACACCUAAACAAAGAACAGCAGGCUGCCAAACUUAUUCUGGAAACUAAAAUCAAAGAUGCAGAAGGGCAGAUUUCUCAGCUUUUAAGCAGAGUUGACCUGUCAAUAUCAGAGCAAAGCACAAAGCUGAAAAUGACUCACAGAGAUAGCAACCAUCAGCUUCAUCUUUUGGACAUUAAAUUUAAAGGUACAGUGGAAGAACUUAGCAGCCAGAUUUUGUCUGCACGGAAUUGGUUGCAACAGGAACAAGAACGAAUAGAAAAAGAACUUUUACAGAAGAUUGAUCAACUUGCCUUGGUUGUUAAGGAAAAUAGUGAAAUCAGUGAAAGGACCAUAGAGAAGAAGUUCAGUCAGAUGUCAGCAAAACUAGACAAAAUAGAAGAGAUACAAAAGAAAAAUAUGGAAGCACAGAGACCAAAGUAUGAUGAUGAGAAGAUCAAUAUUCGAAUCAGCAAGAUUGAAUUACAGAUGAAUGAAGAAAUGAAAGAAAUGAAAGCAGAAGUUAAUGCUGGGUUUGCAGCCAUCUAUGAAAGCAUAGGAUCACUCAGACAAGUUCUUGAAGCCAAAAUGAAACUUGAUAAAGACCAGAUACAGAAGCAAAUUCAUCAGCUAAAGAAACAAGAGGCUCCCUUAUAAAGAGUUUGGGACAGGGAUGUUCUAAAAGAAGAGUUUGUCAGUGGGGUAGGAGUCUGGAUGUUUGUGCAGUAUGGUUUGCCUCUUUCUAGGAUGUGCAUGUGCCAAAUAAUGUGUUAUGGGCCUAAAUUUUUAACUUGAGUUGUGAAGACAAUCUUUACGUGAGAAGAGUAAGUACAUUUUUUAUAGCUUAAUUUUACUUAUAAAUAUAAAUUCUAUGGAAUUUGUUCCAUUUUGGAAAGGCUUUUAUUCAUUUUAAGACUGAAAACUCUUCAAAAUAUUUUUCUUCUGUGAAUUAAAAUUAAUUCUUGUAGUGAUGCUUUAGCUAAGACUGUUCAUCAUUUUUAAAAUGUCAGUGUGAAGAUUUAUGUUAGUAAGCUAAUGAAUUUGUUAAAGCAGUUGGUAUGCAAAAGAUAUCUUUUGACAGAAGAGAUAAUUCAAAAUUUAAGUCCAUGUUUGGAUUUUGUUGUUGUCUGUACAUUUCCUACUUUGUUUGCUUCUUUUAAUUCUUCUUUCCCCUUCACUUGGAGUUUCCAUGAUAAUUUGAGUUUUCAAUUAAAAAAAAAUUGUAAUUUAUUCUAUUUGAAUUCAGUACUAUUUGCAUCCAAUUCAGAUAGUAUAAGGAAUUCAUAAUGUUCUUCAACUGCAAUAUAGAUUAUUAUCUACUUGGAAAUAAAGUAGACAAUCAAGAUAAUUUUCUAGAAAAUAUGGAGCCAAAAAUUACUUAAAUUAUCUGGAUAUUUAAGAUGUCUAUAAUAAAACAUGAGAUAUCUGAAUUCUUUUCAACUCUACAACUUGUGUGAUAAGAACCGUAUUCUGUAUAAGGGAAUUAUGGUUCACACUAAGCUGUUUAUGCAGAAUUGCCCAUUAACUACAAUAUGAUGUGAAGAUUUUUCAGAAUUUUUAUGAACUAUUUCUUAAAUGUUUCCAAAAUGAAGAUUAAAAAUCUACAAAAAUACUUUGUAUAUUAUAAUUAUUAUUGUAACUGUAUUAUUGUGCCUUGUUUUUAUUAUGUCAAUGCAUUGUACACUGAAGGUUUUGCUGACAAAAUAGAAGGCAUGAUAAUUCAAAAUGUGAUGUAAAAAUGAAAUGCUAUGUAUUUUAAAAUUGUAUAAUGUACUAGAAAUUUUAUCAUUGUUAAAAUAUGAUACUUCAGUAUAUUCUUUAAUGAAAUAAUAAUUCAUACUUUUGUAUGGAUUGGGAUUCAAGCUGGCAUUGAAUUUAUAACAUUGUUAAGAUAUUUUCAUCCAGAUGAAUGGAAUUUUUAUGUUCUAGGUGUAUUAUUUUCAAUUGCUACAUUUGAUGAUAAAUUGAAAAUUAACACCUAUGCUGUAAUCUAAUCUAGAUGCUUAUAAAUCUAUGGAUGUAAGAUCUAUACUGAGAAAACCGUUCUAAACUGUGAGGGUGCUAUAGAAAAAAUAAAAAUAGCAUUAUUUUACAUUUUUUGUUAUUUUAUUUUAUUUUAGCUAAGGACUCAGGAAAAGAAGCACCUUCUGUUUUUAAGGUUAGUUAUAAACGAAUCAUUUAACUGGCUACUACUGUUUACCCUUGUAAAAAUGCUACAAAUUUUUUUUUUUCUCCUUGUCUUGGCAAAAGUUAAAAAAGCCUCUAGGAUCAGAUAGAUGAUACUGUAGUUGUAAACAUUUGGCCACCAAUCUGUAUUUUCUUUAUCUUGAUUCAAGCUCUAAAUGGGUGGGGUAAGGCAGCUCUCUUCUCUAGAAACCUGCAGAACUGUUUCUCCUUUUGAGAUAGAAACCAAUCCUAGUCUAGAGCAAAGCUUCUUAAAUUGUGGGAGGUGACCCUAUGAGGUGACAUCAUUGAAUGUGGGGGUUGUGAAAUUAUGAUUUAUUAUCAGUAAAUGUUUGAUUUGUAUAUCUAUUAUAUAUAUCUAUAUGCCUGGUCACAUAAAAAUUUCUUGGGCAAAAAGGGAGUUGCAGGUGGAAAAAAUUUAAGAAGUGCUGAUGUAGAGAACUUGGACUUUCUCAAUUAGGAACAUAAUAACUCCUGCUGCUCCCAACAAGGAACAAGCUGCUCCCAACUUGCUGGGAUGUGCUUAAGAAUACUGUAGUGAUUCCUUGCCUCCUCUGCCUUGAAGAGGUAUGUGAGUUCUCAGCGUGCUGGGCUUGUUUGAGCAGGCUCCAUGGAGUAUGUAUACAUUGUCCACAUAGACAAGGACCUUGUUUUUUCCUGGAGUCCGGGAUCCUAUGGCCAUGAAUGUUCUCUUUAAAUCCUUGGACCCAGGACCCAGGGAUGGGAUUGAGCCUUUGGGGAAAUGAGCAGGUCUGUUAGGGCUUCAUGGAGUGACAGACACACCUUUACAUCUACAUACGCUGAGCAAGGAGCAAUCACCACAAAGAACAUAAUAUUCUUUGAAAGUCUAAAAUUAUUUCAUCUCUUUGGCAUCAUAGACAUUUAGGCCAAUUUCCUUUCAAGCCCAGUACACAGGAUGCAUGGUGAUGGGAGGUUUGUCCUUCCUUAGCUGUUGAUCUGUCCAUUCCUAAGGGGAGAGCAACAGUGUCCAUGAGCUUCUUUAAAAGAAGUGAUGAAUACCAAAUUAGGUUCUUAAUGAAGGAGAGCCCAUAUGAAAGGAGAUGAUAAUCAGCUGUGUGCUGAAUUUCUCAGGUGCUUCUGAUGUUAUGGUCCUUCAUGUAAUGAGCUACAUUAUAUUUUUAUCACCAAAGUUUAAAUGUAAAACAUUUCCAGUGUUAUUUUCCUUUAUCAGAAAUUUGUAAUAAACAGUGCCAUAAAAACCCCACAUGUAAAAUUCUGUUGUAUGGUUUUUAAUAAAAAAAUGGUUAAAUUUGG